AUGGGUCGUCUGGAUGGCAAGGUCGCCAUCGUCACUGGCGCCGGGUCUGGGUUUGGGGAGGCCAUCGCCCAUGGCUUCGUGUCCGAGGGCGCGCACGUGCUCGUCGCCGACAUUGCGGUUUCCAAUGGGGAGCGAGUGGUCGACGAGAUCGGCAAGAGGCAGUACGCCGGUGGGGGUUCAGCCGUCUUCAUCGAGGUCAACGUGGCGCAGCGCGGCGACUGGGAGAAAGCGCUCGAAUUGGCCAAGGCCAAGUUCGGCAAGCUCGACAUCGUCGUCAACAACGCCGGUACGACCUACCGGAAGAAGCCCAGCGUGGAGGUCACGGAUGCCGAGUUCGACAAGAUCAUCGCCGUCAACGUCAAGAGUAUCUACUUGAGCGUGUCGGUCGUCAUGCCUUACUUUGUUGAGCGCAAGUCCGGUGUCUACCUCAAUACGUCGUCUGUCGCCGGCACCCGUGUGAGGCCGGGUCAGGUGUUCUACGGCGGUACUAAGGGUUUCCUGAACACGGUAUCUCACUCAUCGAUUCAGGUCACUCAGGGUCUGGCGGCCGAAUAUGGGCCGGAAGGAGUCCGUGUCAAUUCCAUAUGUCCCCUGCGAGGAGCGACCGGGCUCCUGGAAAUGUUCAGUGGUGUUCCUGAUACGCCCGAAGAGAGAGCCAAGUUCGCGCUCAGCGUGCCCCUGAGGAGGAUGUCGGAGCCCAAUGAUAUUGCCAAGGCCGCGAUCUACUUGGCCAGCGAUGAGGCUGCAUUUGUAAGCGGAGUCAACCUGCCCGUGGAUGGAGGACGUUUAGCUAUCACUGGCACCUUCUUUUCCGCCCAGCUGGCCACCAAGCAGAUGCUAGCCCAAGGUACAGGCGGAAGCAUUGUGCUAAUCGCCUCCAUCUCCGGAUCCUGCGCCACGCCAGGCAUCCGGCUGUCAGCCUACAACGCCUCCAAGGGCGCCGUCAAGAUGCUCAACACGGCCCUGAGCGUCGAGCUGGCCCCAUUCAACAUCCGGGUCAACGCCAUCUCGCCGGGUUUCAUCGACACCGAGUUGCUGACGCCGCUGAAGGAGAAGGAGCCGAGACGGAUCGAGCUCAUGAACCGGGAGCCGCCGUUGAGGCGCAUCGGUAACCGAAACGACCUCACGCCGGCCAUUGUCUAUCUCCUCAGUGACGCGUCGCCGUAUACGACGGGGGCUGAGAUUACUAUCGACGGAGGUGUGGCCUCUGGGCGUAUCGAGUCUCCUUUUAUUUAG